AUAAAAUAUUGAAGAAGUGCAAAAUAGAAGUAGUUUCAAAAUUCCCCAAACAUGAGUAGUUUUCAGGUUUGGACAUGGAUACCACUGCAUGGGUUUGAGACGGCUCUCUUUUGCCCAUGGUUAUACAGAACUUGUUAUCCGGUGAAAUUUCGGAGAGUGCAUGUUUUAAUUUUUUACUCCUUUCUUCCCAGUGAUUUAUAUAUUACGGAGUAUUAUGAGAUGAGAAAUAAUUUUAUUUUAUAAUUUUAAAUAUGACACAACAAAUUAUGUUUUCAACAAUAUUUAGCUUCUUCUCUCUAGGGUUUGGUGAUACCGCCGCCUAGUGUAGCUCUCGCCUCUCGAUUUUCCUUUUUUUCGUUCUCAGCCUUUGCUUUAGACUAGAACGGGAACACAGGUGGGUGCUUGGUUUCUCUCGGCAAUCUUCGAAGACUCUAGCGGUCUAAUUUUCGGAUUGGCUUCGUUUCAUCUUUUGGGACGAGCGAAGGUUUCAUACGCAGGGAGGAAAUUGUGCAGACAGUUUUUCUUCCAAAAAGCUAUGAAGGAAGUGGUGGAGCAGUAUAGAAGAAUGGUUGAGGAGGAAGAGGUUAUUGCUCCAGCCGCAAAAGAGGCAGAAUUUCCGGUGGUGGGAGUCAUUCGUACAGACCGGAAAGUUAGAUUCCAGGCAGUACAUGACCUGUUUGCAUCACUCUAGAGGCCAGGACAAGGAAUGGCUGUACAAAAAAUUGAUGAAAAGAGGUAUCUAUUCACUUUUAUCAUAAAGUUGAUAUGAAUCGUGUUUUGGAGGAUGGUCCUUGGCUGUUUGAGCGGAAUCUAUUAUUGCUAAAGGCGGUUGGUCCUAAUGAUUUACCACAUAAAAUGAAUUUGUUUGAAGCAGAGUUUCGGGUGCAAGUGCACAAUGUUCCAUAUAAGUUUAUGAAUGUAGACACUGCUAGAAAGGUGGAAAUUACAUUGGGGAAUUCAUUAGUUUUGAUGAAAGUCACUUUAAGGAAAAAUGGAGUUCAUACUUGAGAGUUAGGGUGAAGAUGGAUGUGAGAAGGCCUCUGAAAAAGGGAUCUACUUUGACCAAGGGGGGUGAAAGACACUGGGUAGAUUUCAAGUAUGAAAAAUUACCGAGUUUUUGUUUUAUCUGUGGAAUCAUGGGACACUCUGAGAAAUUUUGCCCAUUGAAAUAUGUGGAAGAUAUUACUCUGGAGAAAACUUUUAGUGCUGAUCUUAGAGCAGGUGGAGGGAGAAAGGCUAGUCCCACAAGAGGUAGUAAUUGGUUUGGUAGAUAAACAGGGAGGUCGGAGUCAUCACAGGAGGCCUUAUCAAGAAGAUGAAGACAUUAUGAGACAGGAGCGCAUGGGAAGUAUAGCUGAGACAGAAAGUAGCGUCACAAAGGAUGAGGGUAAAAGCAGUGCAUGGGAGGUCUCGAUUGACCAGAAGCGCAGGAGAGUCUGGAAGGAUCCGGCACAUGAAAACAACUCAGGAGAGGAGAUGGCAUUGGACAAAUCAAAAAAUGGGGAGGAGGCGGGUACGUCUGAGUUCCUAGACCCGCCUGAUGUGUUCGUGAGGUUGCGGUUGCAGAAGUUCCACUGCGGUGUUUAUUUUCUUGUUGUUUUUUAUAUUUCGUUUCAUGUUCAGACUGUUGCUUUUGGUUUUUGUUUUGUUUGAUUUUGUAAGACUCUUGCAUUAGGCUCGGGUGAUGAGAAUUCUGCAGUAACCAUUGUUGGCUCAAUUAUGCUAGUUUAGGAUCAGCGAGUUAUACUGCUUUCUUGAAGGUGGUUAACUCAGAGUCUGGCCCAAAGGCGGAUGGUUAUCGGUGGUACUGUUGUUAUUUUAGAUCCUUGCUGAAUGCUUUUAUUCUAAUAUAAGCCCCCUUCAUCCAAAAAA